GUCGAGUGUAGUUGUUGUCUGCUCAAAGUGCCAGUAAGCUCCAAGAGCUCUUGCUCCGAGUCCGACGAACUCCUCUAAUGGAUACGGGAUACGCCGUAUCGUAUAAGAAUACGGUGGCCGUAUACUUUUCAAGCAGUGACACCUCGGCCUGUGCCUUACAUUGUCUUGCUACGCAUUUUAUCUAGUCUGCAGCAUUACUGCGGUGUCAAUAUCAUCAUCACUCGGCUAACUAGGAGCCCGUGUCCAACGCUCGAAGGUAUAAAGAUGCUUGAAAACAUGCGUGGACUUAGGUUGCUCCUCAAUCGACACAGUCAGAAAGAUGCCGCAGACCAACACUAUCAAACUCCUUCUUUGCAGUUCGGUGCUCUACACCACGACGCAAGGACAUGGCCAAUCUACCCUCGCGGCUGGAGGACCACUGUGGUCUAUUUCACGAGACUGGUCAGCAGCGAUUAACAAAGCAGACGAGUUCGUGCGAAACCUAACCCUGGCCGAAAAGGUGUCGAUGGUCACCGGGAAUCUUACUGCGGGAUCUUGCAUCGGCAACAUCGCGCCCAUUGACCGUGUCGGCUUCACUGGGCUCUGUGUUCAGGAUGGUCCUCUUGGUAUCCGCACAGCCGAUCUAGCAAGUGUGUUCCCUGCUGGGUUGACAAUCGCGGCAUCUUGGGAUCCCGAUCUCAUGUACAGUCGAGGCUUUGCUCUGGGCGAGGAAUUUAGAGGCAAAGGUGCACAUGUUUACCUUGGUCCUUCGUCUGGUGCUAUAGGCCGUCAUCCUCUCGGAGGUCGCAAUUGGGAGGGCUUUGGACCAGAUCCACAUCUAAAUGCGAUCGCGACACAACAAACUAUCCUCGGUGUACAAGAUGCAGGCGUGCAAGCUUGUGUGAAGCACUACGUGGGCAACGAACAGGAAACUCAACGAUCAAACACUGAGACAUCUAACGGGACUAACAUCCUCGCUCUGUCUGCUAACAUCGACGACCGUACGAUGCAUGAGCUAUAUCUCUGGCCUUUCGCUCAGGCUAUUCGCUCAGGUGUUGCGUCGGUGAUGUGUGCAUACAACAGAGUCAAUCAGACUUACACAUGCGAGAAUGGACCCCUCUUGAACGAUCUUCUGAGAGAAGAACUAGGCUUCCAAGGAUACGUCAUGUCUGACUUCUUUGCUGUACACUCAGGUCUGGAGUCUGCCACAGCUGGAUUGGAUAUGAACAUGCCAGGACCUUUAUCCCAAUUAAAUUCCGAGUCUUACUUUGGAAAAAAUCUGGCAAACCUGGUUGCCAAUGGCAGUUAUCCUUUGGAAAAAUUGGACGAUAUGGUGCGUAGGAUCAUGAUACCUUACUUUCAUCUUGGCCAGGACCAAGGUUACCCGUCAACUGACCCAACUUCGUUGGCAUUGCUUGGAGCCUCGUACGGAUACCACAUCGUUCUCAACACCACUGCGCGAGAUGUGCGAAGCAAUCACUCCGCAUUGAUCAGGAAGAUCGCCGCCGAGGGCACCAUUCUCCUGAAGAAUGAAGACGAUGUUCUUCCGCUCGAUAAACCUUCUGUCAUCGGUGUUUUCGGUAAUGGAGCGACUGAUCCUACCAGUCUCUAUAACGCCGGCUCUAGCGCAUCCGAGAAUGGUGCUCUCCUCGUCGGAGGUGGAUCAGGUACAGGGCGUGCGACCUACGUCGUAUCUCCGCUUGAGGCGCUGAAGACCAGGGCGAAGGCAGAUGGAUCCAGAAUAGUAUGGCUUACUGACAAUGACGCUCUCGCUGCGAGCGAGCCGACCAGCGUGUAUCCGACCCCGGACAUCUGUCUUAUAUUUCUGAAGACUUUUGCAAGCGAAGGAGUCGACCGAACCAGUUUCGAAGCCGAUUGGAACUCAACUAUGGUCGUCAACAAUGUCGCAUCUUUCUGUCCCAAGACUGUCGUGAUCUUGAACUCGGGAGGAGUCAACACAAUGCCAUGGGCGAACAACACGAAAGUUCAAGGCAUCCUGUCAGCUCAUUACCCUGGCCAAGAGAUGGGCAAUUCGAUAGUCGACGUUCUCUACGGUCUCGUCAACCCGUCUGGAAGACUGCCUUACACUAUUCCUCAGAACGAAGAGGACAGUGGUCCGUCGAUUGUCAACAUCACGGGCCCAUUCAUGAAUAACAGCAACGCAUGGCAGGAUGACUACACCGAUGGCCUCCUAGUUGACUACAGACGAUAUGACGCUCUGAACAUCACCCCACUCUACGAGUUCGGAUACGGUUUGAGCUACACGAGCUUUUCUCUUGCGCCGAAUGUCUCAAUCACCAAGUUGCAACAAGUGAUCAGUGCAAAACCGAUAGAUCAAGCGGUGAAGCCAGGCGGCAAUCCGGAUCUGUAUACCCCACUGCUUUCUGUCCGCGCAGACGUGCAGAACACGGGGAAAGUGAAUGGAGCUGCUAUCCCCCAGCUCUAUGUCUCUCUGCCCCAAAACUCGGUCCCACUUGGAACACCUAUUCGUAUGCUUCGUAGCUUCAAGAAGAUCCCUUUGGAAUUUGGACAACAAGUAACAGUAGAGUCUCUUUUGAGCAGGAAAGACUUGAGUUUCUGGGACGUUGAGAGCCAGAAUUGGAUAGUGCCUGCAGGUCAAAUUACAAUCGAGGUCGGCUUCAGCAGCAGAGACCUGAGGGCGGUGGGAACGGUCGAAUUGCUUUGAGAAGUAGCAAUCCGCUUCACUGUAGAGUAUUCUUGAUCAAGUAUCUUCCAGUCGUUGGCUUCAUGAUAGCAUUGCCCGAGCCUCCUGGAUUCAGCCAAACCGUUUUCCAUGCAUGUACGGUACCUUCUUCAGCUCCAGAUCCAGUUCCACACCUUAAUUGCC